UGCUCAGCUUGUUCGUCCGAGUGCUGGCGCAAGUGAGUGUUCACCCGAUCCUAGAGGUGGGAGGCAGAGCGCCUGCUUCUUCAAGGGGUCCCUACCGGGAGGGUGCGUACAAGUGGGUCAGACGGAGGGUGAACGGAAACCCGGACGCCAGGGUCCUCCGCGAUUUCCCUAGCCAAAUAUUUUCUACCCCAUCCCACCUUGGAGAUGGGAAGCGCCGGGGCUUCAGAAUCACACAAGCCCUGACUCCUACCAGCCGUUGUGGCCUCUCUCAGCCGGUUUUCCACUUCUGUACACGGGGAAUAGUGAGACCUGCUUGGCUGCAUAUAAGCCAGUGAACGUACCUGGAAGACAGAAGGCGCUGAUUACCUGCUGAGUGCCCUGAGUACGGAGCUCAGUACCCUGCUUACCUCCACACGUGAGAGUCCCCUGCUUCCUGGGGAGAAGACUCAGGAUUCUCGUGCCCGCCCUGGGUCUCUUGGAAGCAGGCUUCUUUUCUGCUCAGGGGAUCCCUUCUUCUGUGGCCCUUGUCGGACAGCCGAGGUUCCCCAACCCUGGGUGCACUUGACGCUGCCCAUCCGCCGCUCUGGAAAUUACUGUGUAGGAGAGUAAUUUCUAAGAGAAUUUCCGGUUCGCCCCAGGACCCUUUUACCUUCUCCGUGAACUCUUUGUGUUACCAGUGACAGCCCCGGGACCCUUUGUGGCUAUGACCCGGCUCCCCGUCCUGACCUCUAUACCACCUAUGAUGUCCCCUGAGUCCCCGUGACCCCUGCGCUCCGGUCUUUUUGCAGACCUGCAGGGUUGGUGGCGAUGCUGUCGGGCACCGAGGCAGCGGCAGCGGAAUGCGCGGACGCGGAGCUGCGGUGCCGUGUUGCUGUGGAGGAGUUGAGCCCGGGCGGGCAGCCGCGAAGGCGCCAGGCCCUACGCACCGCGGAGCUGAGACUGGGUCGUAACGAGCGCCGCGAGUUGAUGCUGAGGCUGCAGGCGCCCGGGCCCGCGGGGCGGCCGCGGUGCUUUCCCCUGCGCGCCGCGCGCCUCUUCACGCGCUUCGCCGCGUCCGGGCGCAGCACUCUUCGGCUUUCAGCCGACGGCGCUCCCCGGACCGGCGCCGUGCAGCUGCUGCUCUCCGACUGCCCCCCUGACCGCCUGCGCCGCUUCCUGCGCACUCUGCGCCUCAAGCUGGCCGCGGCCCCGGGUCCCGGGCCGGCCUCCGCCCGCACGCAGCUGCUUGGCCCGCGGCCCCGCGACUUCGUCACCAUCAGCCCGGUGCAGCCCGAGGAGCUGCGGCGCGCGGCGGCCACUUGUGUCACGGACUCCACGCCGGUGAAGCAGCCCACGGAGCCCCGGUCGGGGGCCAAGCCCAGCACCGAAGUCCGAAGGUGGCCCCUGCCUGUGAAGAAGCUGAGCUUGCCCCCCACCAAACCACAGCUUUCCAGGGAACAGGCUGCUGUGCUGAGGGUUGUCCUGAAAGGCCAGAGCGUUUUCUUCACUGGGAGUGCAGGGACGGGGAAAUCUUAUCUGCUGAAGCGUAUCCUGGGCUCACUGCCUCCCACAGGCACUGUGGCCACUGCCAGCACUGGGGUGGCAGCCUGCCACAUCGGGGGUACUACCCUCCAUGCCUUUGCAGGCAUUGGCUCGGGCCACGCUCCCCUGGCCCAGUGUGUGGCCCUGGCCCAGCGGCCAGGUGUGCGGCAGGGCUGGCUGACCUGCCAGCGGCUAGUCAUUGAUGAGAUCUCCAUGGUGGAAGCGGACCUAUUUGACAAGCUGGAGGCCGUGGCCAGAGCUGUCCGGCAGCAGAACAAGCCAUUCGGAGGGAUCCAGCUUAUCAUCUGUGGGGACUUCCUGCAGCUGCCGCCUGUAACCAAGGGAUCCCAGCCCCCGCAGUUCUGCUUCCAGGCCAAGAGCUGGAGGAGAUGUGUCCCAGUGACCCUGGAGCUGACAGAGGUGUGGAGGCAGACGGACGAGACCUUCAUCUCUCUGCUGCAAGCUGUGCGGCUGGGCAGGUGCUCAGAUGAGGUCACCCGCCAGCUCCGGGCCACGGCUGCCCACAGGGUGGGGCGAGAUGGGAUUGUGGCCACGAGGCUCUGCACCCACCAGGAUGAUGUGGCCCUUACCAACGAGAGGCAGCUGCAGAAACUACCAGGUGAGGUACACAGCUUUGAGGCCAUGGACAGUGACCCUGAGCAAGCCCGGACCCUGGAUGCCCAGUGUCCCGUCAGCCAGCUCCUUCAGCUAAAGCUGGGGGCUCAGGUGAUGCUGGUGAAGAACUUGGCAGUGUCUCGGGGCCUGGUAAAUGGUGCCCGAGGGGUGGUAGUUGGGUUCGAAGCCGAGGGGAGAGGGCUGCCCCAGGUGCGGUUCCUGUGUGGAGUCACCGAGGUCAUCCGUGCUGACCGCUGGAUGGUGCAGGCCACUGGGGGCCGGCUUCUCAGCCGGCAGCAGCUGCCCCUCCAGCUGGCCUGGGCCAUAUCCAUCCACAAGAGCCAGGGCAUGUCCCUGGAUUGCGUGGAGAUCUCUCUGGGCCGUGUGUUUGCCAGCGGCCAGGCCUAUGUGGCCCUUUCCCGGGCCCGCAGCCUGCAGGGCCUGUGUGUGUUGGACUUUGACCCCAUGGUGGUUCGCUGUGACCCCCGUGUGCUGAGCUUCUAUGCUACCCUGCGGCAGGACAGGGGCCUCAGCCUGGAGUCCCCAGAUGACGAUGAGGCAGCCUCAGACCAGGAGAACGUGGACCCGAACCUUUGAUCUGCAAAGAGAAGACAAAGGGUGGUCUCCCCCUCUUCCUGCUCCCUGGUGGGCCAGGCCCCAGGGAAUACCUGGGGGAGGGUAGUGAAUGUCCCUUUCUCCCUUCAUCAGGGGCUCUCAGCCUCCUGGCAGGGCUCAGGAGAGAGUGCUUCCCAUCCAUUUGCCAGCUGUGCCUCAGUUUUUCCCCUUGCCCUGGGUGAGCUGCUUCCAGGGUCAGGAGUUGGCAAUGGGCCUGCAGUGGUAGCUGGUGUUAUAGGACAGAGCUCUCUGCAAGGGGCUGGCCACAGGGCCACACGGUUGUGAAUGCCGCUCCCUUUAGGCUGCAGAGAGGAGAGGUGGCAGGUCCUCCAGGAGCAGGAACAGGCUAUAGGGGUCCUGGCAGGAGACUCAGGUCCCAAGCAGAGAAGGGAACCUGGGGGGGAUCUUCACAGCUAGACCCAGCCCAGCACAAGCCAGGACAAAUACCCUCCUGAGCCUAACCUGAGAACAUGCACUGCAAACUGUGUGUCUAUAUCUUACGCUGCUCUUUCGGUGAAGAAAUCGUGUGUAGGAGUAUUGAAAUGGAUGUUCUCAGACUGUAUUUAUUUUGGACAAAUAAACCUGUAAACCGUG